AUUAUUUUAGGACUAAAAAAUUAAAAAAGAAAAUAUUUUAUUAAUUUUAAAUUUAAUUUAAUUUUUAACAGAAAUUAUAUUUUAAAAUUCAAUAUGUUUUGGUCGUUUUUUUUAAAAUGUUCUAAAAAGAAAUCUUCUAAAUAUAAGGUUUCUAAAAAAUCAGCAGAAUUAAAUGAUGUAAAACAAAUAGUUAAAGAUAUUUUAUUAAAUUUAAAAGAAGAAAAUCCAUCCGAAGUAAACUUACGUGGUAGUAUGACAUUACAGGACAACAGUUUUAAUAUUUUGUCUGUUGUGGACCCUUAUCAUGAUUUCAUCAACUCGUUUCUUAAUGAAAGUGAAGAAGAGGAUCUUAUUCAAGAAGAUGAGCCUACUACAAUGGCUAACGAAGUACAUGUUAUGGAAAAUAUAGAAUCAAAUCUACUUUCAAUAAAUUCAAAUUACAAGCAAAAUAUUAAACAUAGGUUAAAAUCUUUAGAAUGCCCAUUUACGUGGCAUUUGGAACCAAAUAAAUGGAAUCAUGAUAUUAUAUACCGAAUCGAAAAUAAAUAUGGUUUUAUUGGUAUGGAUAUUUCUACAGCUGAUUUUUCGAUUGAAAAGUAUGUAAGUAAUCUUAUAGUCAGUUGUGUUUUAUUCAAAGUGAAUGAGCCUGAUAGAUCUUUUAAAAAAAUUAUGGAAAUUUGGAAAUGGUUAGAUAAUAUAGAUCACUGUGGUGAUCAAUUUUAUUUGAAUAUUAGAGAUGGACUGAAACAUAUUGUAAUGUCAACUUUAGCUUUUAUGUUUUACAAUUCGCGUCAAAUCACAGAAUGUCAAAGAUUACACCACAUGAUUACACCAUUCAAUAAUUUAAGUACGAAAGCACGAGCAGCUGUCUAUUGUAUUCAAGCUGCUAUCUGUAUAGAAUAUGGUGGCGACGCUUUAGAAAAAGCUACGGAAAGUGCAAAAAUUGCAUGUGAAUUAGAUUCCGACACUGCUUACUGGCAUUAUGUGUAUUCAUUGACAUUAAGUGCACAAAGACAAUUUUUAAAAACUAACAAAUCAUGUCCUACAGAAGCAGAAUUUAAUGCUAUACAAUACGCCAUUAUUUUGUUGAAUCGUGAACAAAAUCCAUACUUCUAUUUUCAUCGAAUGCACUUGAUGAUAACCAAAACAUUAUUUCAUCAACAUCUUAAUAAUAACGAUGAUAAUAUUACUGAUGAAUUAAUGAGUAAGAUAAAAAAGGAUUUUCAAAAUAUCGCCGAAUUGAUUAAAGCUAUUCUAGAUAUUAAACCUGAAGAUCCACACUUGUUAAUUCGAUGCGCACGGUCUCUAAUGGUAUUACCCGUUGAAGUUCGUGGUAAUAAUUCUGUAAAGGAUAUUUUAUUGAAAGCAUUAGAUAUAUCCAAAAAUGAUCCAACUGUUAUUAGAGCAAUUAAGAAGAGUCUUGAUGUUUAUAAAAAAAUUAAUAAAAAACGAACAAUUCCGGAGAAUAUUUUUACCGAAAGUGAUACAAUUCAAAAUGAACUAAGUGAAAUAGUACAAAAUGAAAUUGACGAGUUUAAUUUAAAAGAGUGUUUGAAGUCGGCCAUCGAGAAACAUAAUAACGGCAGAGAUCCGGUGGUGGACUUAUUUAAUAUACUGACAGAAUGUCGUAAUGAAGAUGAUAAAUGGAAAAUCUUAGCUCAAAUUUGUUCCUACACAAUUAUAUGGAAAGGUCCAAGUUUUCUACGAACUAGCGUAGAACAAUUUAUAAUGUUAAUACAAAACGAAGGAAAUGCUUCUAAAGAAUUCAUAACGCAACAUUUUUCUAUUUUUGCGCAAGACACCGACAAGACAUUUAACUUAGCGGAGUUAUUGUGUAACGAAAUUAAAUUAGUUAUAUUAUUUGGUGGUGCCAAAGACUCAAAAGAUAUUCAAUUUUAUUUAAACCAAUUAACUAAAAUCAUUGAGAUUUGUAAAAUAAAAUCUCAAGAAGCUGAUCCUACAUUGAGAUCUAGACUUCUAAAGGACCUUAAACAGAUCGAAGAAAAUACUAAGCCUAAAUUAAAUGGUUAUCGUCAGAAUGUUAAUAAGAACUUAAACAGAAGACCACACCAUAAUAAAAACCGUCGAGGUAAAAAGAUGGUUUAUAAAAAUCCAACUUCAGUUUUUAGUUAUAAUUCAAACAUAUCACAUAAAUAUAGAAAAUAGUAAUUUUUAAAAGAGAAUAUUAUAUGAUUAUUUAUUAAAUUAAUUUAUAUUUUUAUAAAAUGCAAAAAAUAAUAAUUUGUUUUAAAAUAAUAACAGAAUUUUGUUAGCUCAUUUAAAUAUCUACAUAUUUUUCAUAAUGAAAUUAUAAUUUGCAACGUAUGCUGCACAUACCUUAAGAUCCAUGUCUUUAAAGAAUUGUCAUUUUCAUAAAUUUAUACUUCGACAUUAAUACUAUUAAUGUUAAUUUAUUAUAAAUCAACAUUGUUCGUAAAUUACAUGUCUAAUGAACACAUGUACAAUAUUGUUGUUUUCACAGGAAAAAUAUAAAACUUUUUAAUAAGUUUAAUAUAAAGUUAUUAAUUUCAGUUGAAAAAUAUGUAUUAAAAUAAAAACAAGAAAUAUAUACAAUAUAAUAGCAUUAACGAUAUUUGUGUUUUUAUUAAGGAAUUCACCCUUUUACCAUAUAACAGUUUGAAACAAUACUUAUCACAUAAAAAAAUAUGGUAAUAUAUUAAAACAUAGAAAAUAUAAUGUAAAAAAUAUAUAUUUUUGUAUGUAAAAUGUUUAUUAGAUGCUUUGUAUAUAAAUAUAUUAUAAUUUGAAAAAUAUUUUAUAGUUAUACAUUCACUUUGUAUGUACAUUAAAAUAGUUAAAAAUGUUUAAUAGGAAAUUAUAUUGUUCGAUAAAUAUUAUCAAGAUUAGUCUUGUUAAUUAAUAUAAUACCUAAAAACUAAAUAAUAGUAGAGUAAUAUUUUUUCAGUACUAUCAGGUAUUAUUUUAAUUUAAAAUAUUUCUUUUAAAUAAUAUUAAUGAAGUUCAUUUUUAAUCAAAGAAGCGGUUAUUGGUAACAUAAAAUUUGUAACUUUUGACCGCAAUAAUUUAUAAUUUAAUUUAUUGCCUAUAAAUUGCUUUAAUGUAUAAAAAAGUUGUACCGAUAGUGAUCUACUAAAUAUUUUAGGUAGUAUUA